GAUGAACGCGGCUUUCCCCACAACUUUGUUUUGAAGCGGCAUCCGGCAUCCGCGCCCACCCGCCCGGCAGCCCCCCUUCCCGGCACCCGGGCAAUUGAGGAGCGAGGCGCUGCGGCGGCGGCGGCAUCUUCUCUCCAUCAGCAACAGGGAGCCCACGGAGGAAGGACCCGGGUGCUGAAUUUCACCGCUGCGGCAGAAAGGCGUUGGAAAAGUCUGGGAAGGGCUGAGGCAUCUGGUCCAUAUUUCUCCCCAGAGAUCCUGUUGACUUUUGCAGCAAGAUGGAAAGUGAUGCAACUUGGGUGCUGCAGGACAGUGUGAAUGACAAGAGAGAAGAAAUCAAAGCACAACGUCGAAGAAAAAGUGAGGAUUUGCUGAGGGAGACAGAAGCUGAGAGGAAGAACAUAAUCCGGGAGUGGGAAGAGCUGCGAAGGUUUGUCGAAGACCAAGAAAAACUCGUGUUGAGGAGGCUGCAAAAGCUGGACAAUGACAUUGUUAGGAGGAGAGAUGAGAGAGUUUUGGAAGGUUCUGAGCAAGCAACAUUUCACGAAAGCAGAGAAAGCAACCAGAAUCCACUUGUGAAGAGCAUCAGAACGGCUGAAAGCAGGAAGAAUGGGGCAUUUCCUGAGUUUGAAAGCGGUUUUCUGGAACUGGAACAGAGGAUAAGGCAUUUUUCAGAGAAGAGGAUGGUCUUGCAAGAGGUUCUACUGGCAUUUAAAGAGAUUUUGCAGCUGGAGCUGGGGAACGAUGCAGAGCCAUCUUUCUUAUCUGGGUGCCAAGGAAGGUCAUCAUUCUACUCCAGAUUUCUACAUCUUCACAGAAGAUGUGGAGGAAAAAUAGAGCUGGUUCAGGAACCUGUGUCGUUCGAGGAGAUAGCUGUGCAUUUCACUGAGGGUGAAUGGGCUCUCCUGGACCCCCCUCAGAGAGCCUUAUACAGGGAUGUCAUGCAGGAGAACUAUGAAAAUGUGACCUCUUUGGUUCUUUCCCUCACCAAUUCGGAUCGAAACUCCUGGGUGGAGGAAGGGGACGAGUUGAUCUCCCUGGGUCUUCACCCUCCGGGCUCUGAGAAAGGGAACAAACAUGAAGUCACCAGAACAGUGCAAGAUGGGCAGGAGAAAAAGGAGGAGAAUCCAGCAGCGGAAAAUGCUAAGGGAGAUGACAAUCCUAAGAAAGGCAAUGUAAGAAAGGCAAGGAAGAACGUAGUGCCAGGAAAUCCUAAGGUGGUUGAAAAGUCUAAGGAAUACAUUCUUAGGAGGAAAAAUCAAGUCCCUGGAAGUUCUAAGGAAAUUGGGCAGUCUGAGAGAGAUGUUCUGAGGAAAAAUCAAGUCCCUGGAAGUUCUAAGGAAACUGGACGUUCUAGAGGAGAAGUUCUGAGGAAAAAUCGAGUUCCCAGAAAUUCUAAGGAAAUUGACCAUUCUAGGAGAGAUAUUCAAAGGAAGAAUCUAGUGCUGAGAAAUGCUAAGGAAAUUGGGAAUUCUAGGGGGAUGUUCCGAGGGAGAAUCUGGUGCCAGAAAAUUCUAAGGAAAUUGAGUGUUCUAGGGGAGAUGUUCUGAGGAAAAAUCGAGUCCCCAGAAAUUCCAAGGAAACUGGACAUUCUAGAAAAGUUCUGAGGAAAAAUCAAGUCCCUGGAAAUUCUAAGGAAAUUGUCCAUUCUAGGAGAAAUAUUCAAAGGAAGAAUCUAGUGCUGAGAAAUUCUAAGGAAAUUGGGAAUUCUAGGGGGAUGUUCCGAGGGAGAAUCUGGUGCCAGAAAAUUCUAAGGAAAUUGAGUGUUCUAGGGGAGAUGCUCUAAGAGAGAAUCUAUUUCCUGGAAAUCCUAAGGAAAUUGGGCAUUUUUCGGGAGACAUUCCAAAGAAAAAUCUAGUGCUGAGAAAUGCUAAGGAAAUUGGGAAUUCUAGGAGAGAUGUUCUGAGGAAAAACCAAGUUCCCAGAAAUUCUAAGGAAAUUGGACAUUCUAGGAGAGACGUUCUGAGGAAAAAUCGAGUCCCCAGAAAUUCUAAGGAAACUGGACAUUCUGGAGGAGAAGUUCUGAGGAAAAAUCAAGUUCCUGGAAAUUCUGAGGAAAUUGACUAUUCUAGGAGAGAUAUUCAAAGGAAGAAUCUAGUGUUGAGAAAUUCUAAGGAAAUUGGGAAUUCUGGGGGGGAUGUUCUGAGGGAGAAUCUGGUGCCAGAAAAUUCUAAGGAAAUUGAGUGUUCUAGGGGAGAUGUUCUCAGAGAGAAUCUAUUUCCUGGAAAUCCUAAGGAAAUUGGGCAUUCUACGGGAGACAUUCCAAAGAAAAAUCUAGUGCUGAGAAAUGCUAAGGAAAUUGGGAAUUCUAGGAGAGGUGUUCAGAAGAAAAACCAAGUUCCCAGAAAUUCUAAGGAAACUGGAUGUUCUAAGGGAGAAGUUCUGGGGGAGAAUCUGGUGCCAGAAAAUUCUAAAGAAGACACCUCUUUCAGAAUGUGCAAAGAAAAAAAUGCUCCAGGGUCAUGAUAGGAAAGUUGCAACUUGGCAUCAGCACAGAUCAGAAAAGCAGCAGAAAGCUGCACAAAAGACCAGCCAGGAGAAACCAACUGCUCCUCAGGAUGGCAGUGGGGACAUUGGUCAAACCACUGCCCAGAAGGAGAUCUGCAAGGACAGGAGGCAAAAAGCAUGCCCUAAAUGUGGGAAAGUUUUUAGUCAGAGUAUACUGCUUCUUAAGCAUAAGAGAACCCACACGGGGAAUGAAGCCGUAUCAGUGUUCGGACUGUGGAAAAAUCUUCAGCCAGCGUUCCCACCUUAAUAUACAUCGGAGAACUCACCGCAGAGAGAAACCAUAUGAAUGCUUGGACUGUGGAAAGCUUUCCAUCGGAGCUCCCACCUUGCUUCACACCGGGGAAUCCACACAGGAAUCAAACCUUACAAAUGUUCAAGUUGUGAGAAGAGCUUUCGUCGGGGGCCUGACCUCAGGAGGCACCAGAAAA